GAGGCCUCGGAGACACGUUACAGGCGUUGGGUGACCCUUUGCAUCACUAGCAUUCACGGGUAACUUUUUGGCCCAAACUGAAGACUCCCUCGCAGGCAAAUAUCGGGGGCGAGAAACGCGGCAUGAGAACUUUACAGAACAUUAUCCUUUUUUUCUCUUCCCGACACAAUACACCUGCAUAUCCGCUGCUGCCAGACGUACAAUGUUAUUUACAGAGGCGAAAAUCCAUGUACUGCAGUCUUAAUGGUUACUCAGAGCGUCAUAUCCAUCCACUACGCGUGUGUCCUGCUCCCAAUCCUAUGCUGUGACGGUAGCAGAUGGGAUGUAUAUGCGUUUCUCUCCCCCAUAAGACGACUUUCGUAGAAUAACUUGCAAUGCCUCACCGGUGGAGCGGCAGGUCAGGUGUCGGGAAGGGCAUCACACACCGAAUGCCGCAAUCGGUGGCUGAUAAUCAAGGCGGCAUGAGCUCUCCAGUCUCCUUGAGUUCUCCCCAGCGAACCGCAGCGCCCGCGACGACCGGUGUCUGAGCUACUGUGGACAUCCCAACAACCCCUUCCACCUAGACCUCCCCCCUCUCCUAACCUUCAGACAUGUCCCGAGGUGCAGAGGGCGUGAGAACAGUGUGUAUUUGGCCCUCACACAACUGACACUUUGCUAGAUUACGUGCACGUACUGACGAAGGCAGAGACGGACGGCUUAAGGUAUUACAUGUGAUUGUGUGUCGUCAUGAGUGUUUCGUGUGAGUCGCCCUCCUCGUGCGUUACUCCUUCCCUUGGUGUAGAGUUGUGUGCAGUACAGUGCCAGCGGCGGGCAGUUGUCACACACGUUGUCUGAAGGCUGAAGUGAGUGAUCGGCAGCGGUGUGGAGUCGGUGGAUCGCUGUGACAUGGAGCGGCGGUGCCCUGUGGAGAAAUUACGAUCAAACAAAUCCCGCAAGAACGUAGUAGCGAAUACACUCAGAAAACCGUGACGGUGUGCAUUGAAAACUGUCGGCAAGCUGGUGUUAUAUGCUUGGUGCGUGCAUGGUUGAAGGCUUGGCCGGGACGAUGCAUUCUGGAAGCGAGCGACGGGUACCAGUGCAGGCGAGACUGAGCACAAUGAGGCAGCGUGGGCGGGGAGUGUCUGCCGCCAAGCAAACACAAAAAGCCUCUUCACGUUCAUAAUUACCAAUAGAGUGUUCUGGCUGGCCACGACUGACGUCUGGGCAGCCUCCAGUGCGGAAGAGAGGCUUGUGGUGUGCUGGUGCCCCUGUGCCGAGUGCAUUGAGAUGAUUUUGAUGGAAAAUUUAGGUGGACAUCAAGAAUAUUCAACUUUUAUAUAAUCAGUGAACAAAAGAAAAAAAUCUAUAGGGCAUUAUUACAUUCUGGCUUGUGUGUGUAUGUGUGUGUGUGUGUGUGUGUGUGUGUGUCCAAGCACCACCACUGCCCGCCUGCUUGCCCUCUCAGUGGGACGGCCCGAGCAGUGCCUCCAUUCCCUCCAGUAAGGAGACGGCGCAAAAUAUGGUGCUCAGGAAACCCUCAGCCAUGCCCUUCGCUUCGUCUCGCCUCGUCCUGCCGCGCGUGGUGUGCGUGGCCGGUGUGGUGGUGUGCAGCGUCCUGGGCAUCACUCGGGCACAGUUUGGGCCUCAGUGUGAGGAGAUCAAGAUCCCCAUGUGCCGCCACAUGCCCUACAACCUCACGCGCCUGCCGAACCUCCUGCACCACUCGACGCAGGAAAACGCUCAGUUAGCCAUCGAACAGUUCAAACUCCUGGGAUGGACCAAGUGCUCGGACCAGCUGGAGUUCUUCCUGUGCUCUAUGUACGCCCCCAUCUGCGCGCUGGGCUUCGCCAGUGACGCAAUCCCCCCCUGCCGCAGCGUGUGUGAGGACGCCCGGCGGGGCUGCGAGCCGCUGCUUGCAAAGUUUGACAUCCCGUGGCCGCCCGCCCUCGCCUGCGACGCCCUGCCCUGGUACGACCGAGGCGUGUGCAUCACCCCGCAGGCCAUCAUCUCCGACGUGACGCCGCCGCCCCCGAAGGCCCAAGUCCCUUGUCAAUGCCAGCCUCAGCGGGGACUACGCAGAAGGAUCUACAGGAGAGCUGGAUUUCACUAUGCGCUGCGGGGAACAGUAAAAGCCGUGGACACGUUUGGCGAGCUGACGCUGACGACGGUGACGGUGAAGGAGGUGGUGAGGACGGGCCGCGUCGGGGUGGUAGCGGGCCGCGACGCUCACCUCUGGACCAACCGAUCCUGUGUGUGCCCAGCGCUCGCCAAGGCACAGGAGUACUUGCUGCUCGGCUGGGAGGACUUCGCCAAUAGCUGCCUCCUCUUUCCCGAAGGUAGCCUCGCACUCCCUUACAAGAGGAGAUACGUCAGGAAAAUCAAGGGUUGGGAGGCCGAGAUCUCCCCGUCGGCAGCCCCCACCAGCAGCAGCCCGACCCAGCACACGCCCGCGCUCGCCCACAGCCAAGUACGGAGUGUUUAUAGAAGGAAGAAAAAGAGGAGGAGGAGAAAGAGGAGGAGGAGAAGGCGGAGGAGGAAGAACAAACUAGCUGGGGCACGUGAGAUGGAAACUAAAAACGGAGGAAGGUAAGAUCAGCUGGCCGCGCAACGUAAGACACAGACUGGUCGGCAUUGUGGGUAUUGUCAGACGCUGCCGCCCCUCACAUCAACUAUUUCCAAAGGCCGAAAAGGAGAUGGGUCGAAUUCUAAUCAGUGUUUUUUCACGUUCAUAGUAUAGAAGACGGAUCAACCUACUACCAGGGUCAUAAAACUACCCCUGGAAAGGCCCAUAGCUCCUACGAAAGCCUUGUUAAAUAUAUGUGCUUGGGCGACGAAAUGUUUAAUAAGAAUAUUGCCCUUUAAAGAGUCCCGCCAGAUGAUCAGUGUUACCUAAUUGGGCCGUCUCACUCCCUGUACCUUGCUUUGUAUCAUGGCGUUAUUAUAAAUGUCUCGUAAAUAGGUGGAUCUGUUAGAAUUGCAUGUAGCAUCGAACAUCUGCUUGAUACUCUUCUCGCUAUAAAGGUUCGGGGCACUUCGAGAGAGGUUUCCGUGUUUCGUGAGGCAGGGUACGGUGAUCAGUAGUCAGUGGAUGAAUUGUGUGUGUGUGUGUGUGUGUGUGUGUGUGUGUGUGUGCUGGGGGAGGGUACGUAAGCUUGGAGAGAGGAAUGUAUAAAUAUUACUGCCCAAUCUACGACAGACUCAUUUCCGACCCCCUUACUUUUAAGACGGCGUUAGCCUCAACCUGCACCCGAGUAUACAUAUAGAUACUCCUUUGGCUUGGUCAUCAUCAUCAUUCCAGUGACGGAAGAUUUGUACCCAGCCUGACAUGUACCCAACCUGACAUGGAUCCAGUUUGACAUGUAAAGGGAGGAAGGAGAAGAGAGGGAGGAAGAAAAGGGGAAGACAGGAAUAAGGAUGUUAGAUUAGGGAAGAAAAUUGGAUUAGGGAAGGAAAUAGAGGAAGGAAAGGAGUAGAGAGGAAAAGAAGAUAAGAAAAAGGAAAAAGGAAAAGGAGAGGAAAAGGAAGUUAAGGAUGGAGAGAGAGAGAGAGAGAGAGAGAGAGAGAGAGAGAGAGAGAGAGAGAGAGAGAGAGAGAGAGAGAGAGAGAGAGAGAGAGAGAGAGAGA